AUGAUGCAUUCAAAUCAGCAGAUGCCUAAUGGCGGAUAUAGAACCGUAUCGACUACUUCAAAUUUAUCAUUGAACUCGUCAACAACAAGCAUUACGAGAGUUGCACUGGGACCAAUACAAAUGUUGAAUUUGAACAAGCAGUCAUCGGCUAAAGAUCAUUUGCAUUUUCAGUGCCUAGAGUUGAAACAGAGAUUAUCAAGUAUAGAGGGAAUGGCUCCUUUUAUGCGACUGGCUUAUGUUGCCGCUGAACAGUGUGCUGAACAGCAGGCGUUGGUGUUGUCCCAACAGUUACAACAAGAUAAGGGUAUUUCAGAUUUCAGGGCAUCAGUGGGCUCUACGGGCUUUUCUAUACAUUCUGACUCAUCGUCAUUAAAUUCGUCUGUUACGAGACCAUCUAAUAACAGUAUAUUUACGUUUACUGCAGGAGUUUUGCCUGCUAAUAUUAGCGUGGAUCCAGUGACUCUUCUUUGGAAGUUAUUUCAACAAGGAGCUCCUUUGUGUUUGGUUUUCAAUUCAGUCGUUUCUGGACAUCAGAUUCCUAUAAUAGGGAGUGACGAUAUGAGAGUUUGUAAAAAAUCAGUUUAUGAUUUUUUAAUUGCCGUGAAGACCCAUCUAGAAUUCGACGAUGAAUCAAUGAUCACUAUUUCCAAUGUGUUUCUGGAAAGCACUCACGAUCUUAUAAAGGUUAUUGCAGUUAUUAAGAAAAUUAUAGAUUUAAAGCCCUCUCUGGUCCUGUCUGCGACUGAAGUUGAAAAACUAAACAUGGCCGAUUUAUCCAUAUCUGAUGAUAGAUCAAAGGUCUUCAAUGAAAUCAUCACUACUGAAAGAAAAUAUGUGCAAGAUUUGGAGUUAAUGUUGAAAUAUAAAUCAGAGUUACAAAAUGCUGAACUUAUUUCGAAUGAACAAGUCCAUAUAUUGUUUCCUAAUUUAAACGAGAUAGUUGAUUUUCAAAGGAGAUUCUUGAAUGGUCUAGAGUCUAAUAUUAACAUUCCUACGAAGUACCAAAGAAUUGGUUCAACAUUUUUACAUGCGUCAAGUGGCCCGUUUAAAGCUUAUGAGCCUUGGACUGUGGGUCAGUUAGGAGCGAUAGAUCUUAUUAAUAAAGAAGCUAACAAUUUGAGAAAGUCUUCGAACCUUUUGGAUCCCGGCUUUGAGUUGCAGUCAUAUAUCAUUAAACCUAUACAAAGAUUAUGCAAAUAUCCUUUAUUACUCAAAGAGUUGAUCAAGGCUUCGCCAGAGUUCAAUGAUGAAUCGUUUACACCCACUCUUUCUCAAAAUGAACUAUUAUUGGCUGAAACAGCCAUGAAGGAAGUUGCCAACCAAGUUAAUGAGGCACAAAGAAGGGCCGAAAAUCUCGGAUAUGCCCAAAGUUUACUGGAACGCGUUAGUAAUUGGCGAGGAUUUAACCUAAAAGAUCAAGGCGAAUUACUUCAUCAUGGUGUUGUUGGUGUUCGGGACGUAGAUAGCGAAAAGGAUUAUGUUGCGUAUCUUUUCGAGAGAAUUAUUUUCUUUUUCAUUGAAGCUAACAAAGAUACAGGUAAAGAGAAGGAAAAGAAGAAAAGAGAGAUAUUAUCCUCUAGAAAGAAGUCAUCUUCUGUCGCAUCUGCAUCUACUGCAAAUUUACUAGAAUCAUUAGGUAAGGCGAAAGAUAAAUCACAAUUAGAGUUAAAGGGCAGGGUGUAUAUUCUGGAAAUUUACAACGUGAGUUCCUCAAAUCAAAAUGGAUAUAUGCUCAUAAUAUCAUGGUCGGGGAAGAAGGAAAGUGGCUCAUUUACUCUAAGGUACAGAACAGAAGAGACUAGAAAUCAGUGGGAAAAUAGCUUAAGACAGCAGAAAUCAUCUGAAAUGAGCAGUCAAAUUAAUAAAAAAGUGAGAGACUCGCAAGGCUCCCAAUUAACAAAUGAUUCGGGAAUUUAUGAUAUGGCUGCUGCAUAUGCUAACCCUUCUCCAGUGUCUACUACAAAUGGAGCAGGCAUAAUUGACAACAACUCGAUCAGAUCGUCAAAUGGAUCGUCUUACCAUCGACAUCAUUCAUCAUCCUCGACUUUUAGUAUGAUGAGGAAUUCUAAGUCCAAAUCUAGUACGGAACCAUCUAGAAUGUCUUCUACGGGAUUGAAUGUUAUAAGUAGUAGCAGUGAUUCCUCAUUUCAAACAAAUGUUGAAAUAAAGCUUUUAUACAAUAGACUAGAAAUCCCUGAUGUUCUAGUGGUUCCAUCUGCCAUACACUUUACAGAUUUACACCUGAAGAUUUCAUCAAAAAUUGCAGCAAGUAAUCGAGUGAAUGAUGACAUAAUGGUGAACAAGUUGAAGUAUAAAGAUGAGGACGGCGAUUUCGUUGUUAUGGAUUCUCAUGACGACUGGAUUUUAGCCAUUGACAUGCUUGAGGAGUAUGUGAAGGAUACUCGAGCAAACCGCAGAUCCUUAACAAUAUGGGUAUCUUAA